AUGUUACUCAUCAAACCUCUUCUCCCUCUUCUUCCAACAGCUACCCAAGCAGCCUACUUUUCCCAGCAGCCCCAAGACCAGGUAGUGGUGUCUGGCCAAUCAGUGACUCUGCCCUGUGUCAUCGUGGGGUACCGGGGAAUGGUGCAGUGGACCAAAGACGGCCUGGCGCUGGGCGGAGAGAGAGAUCUGCCAGGUACGCAUCUGAUCUGACGAACAUCUCUCUGUGUGUCUCUCUCUCUGUCCCCCCCUGUCUCUCUUUCUCUUUGUCUUUCUCUCACUCACACUCUCACUCCCCUACUUCACUCUCUCCCCCCUGAUCAAUUCCUGGUCUCAUUAGGAAGCCUUGGCUCUCUGUCUGUCUGUCUACUCAAAUGAAUGGAAGUGGAGAGAAACAAAUAUACUGCAGACAGCCUCUCUACCACAAACAGACACAGAGCGUUUCAUUUGUUGUUUAGCAUUUUGAGGCUUUUGUACCAAGGUGGAUAAUCAAUUGGCUGGUGUCACGCACUGACAUUUAGCUGUGUUCUGGACUAGUGGGAAGGUGGAGAGGCUCGGGGCUGACCAUAGACACUACAUCUUGAUUGUGUCUGUGAUUUAAAGGACAGUCAGUCGCCUCACGCCCCAGCCCUCUGUCUCACGUGUUGCUGCUGCCUUCCCCUAGCCAGUCUCUCGCUGCUCAGCCAACUGAACGGCUCAGUGCUUAACCGGGGGUGGUACAGCACCACCUCCAUUUAUACCUUAAAGGCCCUUGGCGUUUGUUUGUGGUGUGAGUCUGCUCAUUUUGCAGUCUUUUCAUUCCGGUUUGGGUUUGUUGUUCUGCUGUUGUUUUCUUGUUUUCUUUCCCAUUCUCUGACUCACUGUAUUCCCUGUGUUGGCUUAAUGCAGGGUGGACACGCUACUCCUUAAUGGGCGACCCGCUAUCAGGCGAGCACAGCUUGCUGAUCGAUUCGGCAGAGCUGGCGGAUGACGCCGUGUACGAGUGUCAGGCUACGCAGGCCGGGCUGCGCUCCCACCGAGCCAAGCUCACUGUUCUAGGUAAGAUACACAGCUGCUGCACACACACACCACACACACCACACACACACACCCUGAUCCGCACAGCAGUCCUCCAGCCAAAACCUGCAGGUUGGCUCUACAGAGGGAGAUUGUCAGGCUCCCAUCUUCAUUAUGGUUCAGACAGACUUACACACACACACACUCACUCACACACACACACACACACACACACACACACACACACACACACACACACACACACACACAUGUUUAAAAUGCUCAAGGUCUCUAUGUAUCUUUCUUGGGACUGUUUAUGAAAUCACCUGCUGUUAUCAGCUUUCACAAAUAACACCUGGAAAAUGUACUUACUGCCGUAUAUCAGCCCUGUAAAUAUUUUUCAAAACCAGCAAAACAGUCGACAGACCCAGCAAAAAAAACUGUUUUCCCUUCAGUAUCGAUAAUCAAGACUGUGGAAGUCUAGGAUAAUGUGAUUGCUGCAGUCACAAAUGACUUGUGUGGACACUUAAAAGUCAAGUUCUGCACAGUUAGCACAUUUUACAGUGAGUCACAAUAUUUGUCAAGCGUGGGGCAGCUUUUACAUUAACGCAAUGUGAGUGAUCUACAUAUUCACCAGGCAUCCAGAGGUUGGGAGUGGAGGGUGGUGGUGGAGAGAGGAACAGCAGAGGGGGGGAUGAGAGAGAGGGAGGCCCCUCAUGGGACUCCCAGACAGUGAAACACUGCUGGCACCUGGUGGCGAAUGGGGGAACAGUCCGCAGCACAUUCAUUAGUCUUUACUGAGCGUCUCUCUGAUGAUCUGUCAAAUACACCCAACAAAGCAGAGAGACAGUUACAGAAGAGACUGGAGCCUCAGCUCUACGCACCAACAACAAGGCUAGGCUACUGUACUGUCUCCCCACCGCCCUGCUUGUUUUUGUCAUUUUAUGAGCUCGUUUAAGCAGCGAGAUGAGGGGGAGAAGAAAAGGCAGCGAAUGAAAGGCUGAUCAUGUGAAUUCAAACGACCCAUGAUGAGGAAAACUGCUCUAAUUGGCUUGACUCAGCGUUGGGCCAUGCUCCGCUGACUAUCCACUGUCUCCACUUCUUCUCCGUUCCUACGACCACACGCCGCUCAAAGGAGCACAGUGCAGCGCGGUCAAUAGAGAUCACACCCACAUACACCCACUCAAACCCUGCUUCACAACGCCCGCACUGCACAGCACAGAGUGGAGGUGGGCGAGGAUGAACUGUUUGAUUGGUUAGCGUGAGCGUGAGCCACCACCGCGGUCACACUGACCUCAGCCUUUGUGGACAGAAAAGGCGGUAGAUGUUGUUUCCUAAUGCCUUGUAGAAUGUCCCCACUAAGAGAGGAGCAAAUCAGGCAGGGGUCUUGAGGUGUGUGUGUGCGUGAGUGUGGGGAAAUCGAUGCAGCCAGAUGAGACCAAAGCAAUCCGGCGCAGUCAAAGGAGUCAACGGCGGGAGAGCAGCCAAGGGAAUCGGCAUGGAAAUUAAAAUCACCUAGCACUCGGAUUCCAUUAGUGUCCGGGCCGCGGUGGCGGAAGGACCUCUGACAAUUCAGAUACACACACAGAAAUUGGUUCAGCGGAGGGAGUAAGAGAGAGAGAUAGACCGGGGCUCAGGCCCGCUGCUGUUUACGCCUGCUGUUAUUGGCUGGGGAGAUAGACGCCUUCAUCAGCGGUGGCUCUGCUUGACAGCAGCGAAACCAUGCAAAUAAAUGAACAAAUAAGCUAUUCAGAUGAAACAUCACUGGGCAAUAGUGGGAGUAAAAGAGAGGACUAAUGCCAGUCUCAAUGUUAAGAAGGAAAAUGAAAUAGGUUUGAAGCUCUUCUCUUUUUUUCUUCUCAUGCCCAAAUGUUGUCGGUUUCCAUUCCAGUCUACAAAGUACAAACACACCUCGUGAACCAGCACGAUGAUAAAAGGAUAUUGUUUUCUCUAUGUGCAGUGGAUGAAUUGAUGCAGCGUUAACACAUCACAUUAAUCUCAUUAGAUGUUCCUCCCAUUCAGAAGCCUGGUACUGUAAAAGGGGCUGUUAGUUUUGUGGGUUGUUUCUCUCCUCUAACAUGAAUCCGUUGUGUUUCCUCCUCCUCUCCCUGUAGUUCCCCCCACAGACCCGGUGGUGGAGGGGGGUCCUAUCAUACGUGUGAAGGCCCACACGCCCUACAACCUCACCUGCCGUGCCUCGGGGGCCAAGCCUGCUGCCGAGAUCACCUGGUACAGAGACGGCGAGGUCAUGGACACGGCCAUAUACUCCAAGGUACAGAUAGACUACAGCACAAUCAGAUAACAGGUGAGGCCAGGGCAGGUUAGAGAGAGCAGGGCCAUACCCAACCUCACCAGGAUCCACUAACACCCACACAACACCAGCACAGCAGAGCACAGCAGAGCCCAGCGAAGCAGGCUACACCAGCGUACAGCAGCUACUCAAAAUGCAGCAACUUUCUCUCAGGGCUGAAUACAGAAGCCGACUCUUCCUUUUCCGUUUCUCUGCUUUCUCUGUAUUUUCUUUAUUCUCUUUUCUAUUUCUCUCUCUCUCUUUCUCUCUCAGGACUUGUUCUUUCUCUCCCUACCUCCCUCUCUGCAGUCCCCCUCCCCUUUUCACUCACGCCUGAACCCCUCUCCUCUCUCCCCUACUACCCCCUCCCCUCGCACUCUAAAGCACAGACACUACAGCAUAACUGGAGCAUGCCAAAGCUCAGACAGGCAUGAGCGUUUGAUAGAGUAGAAUUUCUGCCGAGGAGAAAUCACCCACAACAAUGCCGAAACACAAUGGGGGGAUGUGCCAGAGCAUGAACCAGCCGCAGUCGGGAAAGUGUCACAUUUGUCAUGCUCUCUGACCACGCUAAACUACGCUAAACAACACAUUUAAGGAGGCUAGGGCCCACAGUGGAGAAAAGGAGGGGGGAAGGAGGGAAGAGAGAGAGAUAGGGAGAGAGAAAGCAGGAGUAAAGUAAUGGUGGGAGAUACUGAGAUACAGUUAGCUGAAAGAAAGAAAACAGGUGCUUUUAGAGAGAGGGAAAGCUAGAGUAGGGGAGGGAGAGGUAGAGAGGGGGAGAGGUGGCUUGGGGCAGAGUGAGGGGUGGUGACAGGGAGUGAUGCGACUCGAUCUAGCGUAAAAAUGCUUUUUGUGUGUCUGGCUGAGGAAGUGAACAGCCCGGUCCAUUGAUUCAGCUGUCUGUUUGUCCGUCCGUCCGUCCAGGGAAUGGGCUCUGCUCUUCUCUGCCCUUGCUCUUUCCCAGAGCUGCCUGUGAGACAACCCUCCCCCGGUCCCCCCUCCUCACCGCUACAGCCCAGAAAUACAGACACAGCCACCUCUGCCAUUGCUGCACACUGUCUGACAGCCCUGUGUGUGUGUGUGUGUGUGUGUGUGUGUGUGUGUGUGUGUGUGUGUGUGCGUGCGUGUAUGAGUGUUUUUGUGUGUGCUUCAAAAGCGACGGGCGAUAUCUCCAGAAUCUACCCCUUUCCUCACUUAGGCGUAUUGAUUCCUGCGAGCAAUAAAUAGAUCUCAAAGAUGAUGACAAACAAGGAGCGCUGACUGGGAGCACUCUCAGAAAUGUGGGAACAGCACAAUAUCCCCAGGCGCAUCAUAAAAUAUAUGAUUUAACCGCCAUGCCAAUGGACUGGAUGGCAGUUUGAAUGCCUCACACGUCAGAAUGAUAGGUCCUGCAGUGUCACACAGACACCCAGAGGGGGAAGACUCAGCAGGGCCUUAUAUGAAGCUAUACCUUUUCUAUACCUUACUUCCCUAUUUAAACCCCUUUGUCACUUUAGGGACCAAAGUACAUUAAUUCAUGGAUCUAACCCAAGAGGUGAAAUAAGGACUCAUAACUCCCUCUGCAUGUCUCUUGUAUGUCUUGACCAUUGAGAUGUACAGUGUCUUAUUUCCAUGUCUCUGGUCUGUUCUCUCUAGACGCGGAUGGAGGACGGGAAGAGGGAGCUGGCUGUCAGUAUGCUUCCUGUGGUGCCGGAGGACAAGGACUCUGGCCGUACCUACACCUGCCGCGUCCUCAACCCUGCCGCCCCCGCCGGACUCCAGACCUCCGUCACCAUCAACGUCCAGCGUGAGUGUCCUCCGUGGCACUUAGUGUCCCCUACAGUCACUCUGUAGUGUCCUCUUCUCAGUGAUGGGGACACACCCUGGGUACAACACUCUGUAGUGUCUUCGUCCAAGUGAUGGGGACACACUCGGCUACAACACUGUAGUGUCCUCGUCCCAGUGAUGGGGACACACCUCGGGUACAACACUCUGUCAGAGGACGGAGAAUACAGAGUCAGAUACAUUCAAAAUACCAACUAUCACACUUGCAUACUACUUAGUAUGUACUGAUGUAUUGUCCAUGGACUCUAGUAUGCUAGUGUGGAUAUUGGGACAUAGUCCUAUAGGUUAAACUCAGAGAAGGAAAAAUGUUUAUAGUGACAAAUAUACUGCCAAUAACGACUAGGAAGUAGCCUAUACACAUAUAUAAUAUAUAAUAUAUGUAUUUAAAUACUUUAGGCAUUAGUUGAAGGCUUUGGUUGAAAAAAUACAUUUCACCUCAGCACCACUUUAGAGUUAAUGGAAGAGUGGUUAGUUCUGCAUGCCUGCACAUGCACUCGCUCACCCUUCAAUGAUUCAUACACUAACCUCUCUGUGACAAACACACACCCCUUCAUAUAGGUCCUAGCUCAGUGACACAUACCUCCAGUGUUCACAGAGCUUCCUUUAGUACUGCUGUCCUGUUCCUUCUCCCUUCACUGACACAUAUUUAGCCUUCAUAUACUGUCAUAUACUGUAGGAUCGUCCAUAGUGAUAUAUAUAUGGCAUAUAUUAUGUUCACCUCUCAGUAAUGUUGUGUGUUCCCCUCCAUCCUGCAGACCCCCCAUCAGUGACCCUGUCCGUCCAGCCCCAGACUGUCAUGGAGGGAGCCAAGGUUCUGUUCAUCUGCUCUGCCUCUGCCAACCCUGAGAUCACAGGAUACAGGUAAAAAAACAGCACCUCAACCUACACUUUAUUGGGUUAAUUUCUUUCAUAGAGUCAAGUGUGUACUGCGUUAUUAUGGCACUAUUAGCCUUUUAGUUGGGCCAGUUUUGACUUUAUCAUUAUGGCACAUGUAACUCAAAAUGAUCUUGUGACCCAAAGUGACCUGGUAACCCAAUAUGAUCUGGUAAACCAAAGUGAUCUUGUAACUCAAUGUGAUCUGGUAAAUUGACCUUGUAACCCAAUGUGAUCUGGUAAAUUGACCUUGUAACCCUAUGUGAUCUGGUAAAUUGACUUCUAACCCAAUGUGAUCUGGUAAAUUGACCUUCUAACCCAAUGUGAUCUGGUAAAUUGACCUUCUAACCCUAUGUGAUCUGGUAAAUUGACCUUCUAACCCUAUGUGAUCUGGUAAAUUGACCUUCUAACCCAAUGUGAUCUGGUAAUUGACCUUCUAACCCAAUGUGAUCUGGUAAAUUGACCUUCUAACCCUAUGUGAUCUGGUAAAUUAACCUUCUAACCCAAUGUGAUCUGGUAAAUUGACCUUCUAACCCUAUGUGAUGUGGUGAUCUGGUGGUCCAGGUGGUCCAAGGGAGGAGUCCCCAUCUCGGAGGUGAACGGGGACAGCCUGGAGGUGACGGUAGACCACUCGUACUUCACAGACCCUGUCUCCUGUGAGGUGUCCAACUCAGUGGGCAGCACCAACGUCAGCACCCUGGUGGAUGUACAAUGUGAGUGGAGCACAUCACUGUAUCAUAGUACUAGUAGCCUGUAGUGUAAUCCCAGUAGUGUGUCUGUGAACACGUUCACCCUCGUCAUAAGAGUUAUAGUGUCUUUGGAGGAUGCUGUGUAUUGUGCUUUGACAAUGCCUUAGGAGAUUGAUUAAGUCAUAUUUAAUUGAAUGGUGAAUACGGGCUGUAUUAGUUCUGAUGGUGUCCUGGGCUCCUCUACAGUUGGUCCCAGGCUGCUGUCGGACCCCAAGCCCAUGAAGGUGGACAUUGGGAUGGAUGCUGCCUUCACCUGCACCUGGACAGGCAACCCUCCCCUCACCCUAGCCUGGACUAAACAGGGCUCCAGCGUGGUAAGACAACUAGCUCAAUCAAUACUUAUACUGUGUGUGUGUGUGUGUGUGUGUGUGUGUGUGUGUGUGUGUGUGUGUGUGUGUGUGUGUGUGUGUGUGUGUGUAAUGCGAGAAAGCCCUCAGAAAUCAGAGCUAAACCUUCAGAGGCAGUGUGUGUGAUGACUGUCAGGUUCACAUACUGCUGACAGCAGGGGAGGUGACACUCUGUCAUAACAACGUGACCACUAAAUCAAUCACGUCAACAGCUGAGACACACUAGUUAAGAACCAGCCGACACAUUUCACAUCCCACUCCGAGAACAGCUUCUCAAACCGCUCCUCAACCCAGACCAAGACUCAACACAAAGAACAUCUAGGGAGGAAUAUGUGAGGUAGCCUACAAAUGGCCCAGUUCCAUCUUUAGUUUGCAUCAUCCUGGUUAAAGGUCUCCCACCCCACCCCAGGCAAUACUAUCAGCGCUAGCUACAUCUCCAGGGAGCUUCUCUCCCGGUGUUUAAUCAGAUUUCAGAGGCAGCUUUUACUAAAAAACGUCACCACUUAAAGAGAAAAGAGCUGCAGGACAGCAGGCGAUGCUGUAAAAGCCAUGCUGUCAUCUCCAUCUCCCAGAGUGAACCAACGCUCUCAGGAAGAAAAUAACACAGGCAGUGCUCUCUAAUCCACACACACCACGGCCACCACGCCUCACACAGCUACCAGUAAUGGAUUAAUUGGGUUACUCUAUAAGUGUGGUUGAAUAAAAAGUGGAGAGUGGGAGUGAAAGGAGGGAGGGAGGGAGGGAGGGAGAGUAAAUGGAUUAAUCACAGCUUGAUGGAAUGGUGAGAUCAAUGCGCUAACGAGUGCGCAAGUGUAGGCGAACUGUAGCAGCCUCUAAAGGCUAAGGCCCACUCACACCAUGAUAACGUUAUGCUCUGCCGGCAACGUUUAAUUAGGACAAUCUCCACAGCAGCAUGGUCACUCCAGAGGAGCCUGGCUGUAGCUGGAGUUAAGUUAGAGCAGCAGUGGCUGGAGUGCUUAAUGUCUGUGAUUAAAGCCACAGUGUUGUCACCACGAUGAAAUGAAACUGAAACUGAGUGUAGGAGCUGGAGAGACUGUCCGUUCGGCCACAUCCGUACUGCUGCAACAACUGCCCCAAUGAACUGCUGCUAAAGAGUCACUCACUCUCUCUCUCCCCUCCCUCUCCUCUUAUCCCUCCUGUCCACCCCUCUCUCUCUCUUUUCCCCUCUCCCUCCCUCCAUCCCCUCCUCUCCCUCCCCAGGUGCUCAGCAAUGGCAACACCCUGCAGCUGAAGACUGUCACCCAGGAGGAUGCUGGGACGUAUACCUGCAAGGCCAUCGUCCCCCGCAUCGGGGUGGCUGAGAGGGACGUCACGCUCACCGUCAACGGUACGUCAAAGUAUAAUAUGAGUCUCAAUUGUCUGAAAAUUGGGCUAAUUUAAUGCUACUUUAAACAUUAGGUUUUUGGUUGACUUUUAGAUGUAGAAUAUUAAAGAUGCACGUUAGGUAUUAUCAAUGUAGAAUGUUUACACAAGCAUAAGAUGAGUCAACCAUCUGACAAUGCAUCUGUGUUUAAUGUGCCAAUGUGCCAAUGUCUCAAAAUCUCUCUCUCUCUCUCUCUCUCUCUCUCUCUCUCUCUCUCUCUCUCUCUCUCUCUCUCUCUCUCUCUCUCUCUCUCUCUCUCUCUCUCUCUCUCUCUCUCUCUCUCUAUCUUCAGGCCCACCUAUCAUUACAGCGGACGCCACACAGCACGCUGUCAAGCACUCCAAGGGCAAGCUAGAGUGCCUGGUGGGAAACAGCCCCCCGCCUGACAAGAUUGUAAGUGAGCCUCUUGUCUUUUCCUGUCUUUCCUGUUUCAAUGUUUUGUGUGUGUGUGUGUGUGUGUGUGUGUGUGUGUGCAUGUGCUCGCGCACACAUGCGUGUGCACAUUUAAUGCACACUGAAUCCCCCACCUACACACACACACACACACACACUUCAUCCCUUCACCACUCAUUGGGGAUGAGAGAGAGGGAGAAGGAGAGACAGAGGGAGAAGGAGAGAGAAUAGAUAGGUAACUAGACGGGGGGGCCGGAACCUCCUGCAGGCUGCAGCCAAACAGCCCCGGCUCAAUUAGCGCUGCAUCCAUCAGGCUUCGGUGGGCUGACCCCGUCAGGUGACCCUGGGUGCGUGGUCAGCUCUGACAGAGGAUAAUUAGGGUCUGAGGGGGAGUGAGAGGCAGGCACCCUGUAGACCUUACCUAGCAGCAGGAGAGAGGCUUCAGCACAGUCAGGAGCAUUUUACACAAUCUCACAGGUCUAGCAGGGCUUAGAGGCUGACAGGGCUUACCUACAGGGCAAGACGUGGGAGGCAGCUUAGACGUACGGCCUUUAGCAAUGUCAGCCAGGUGGAUGGAGAGGGAGGAAAACAGAGAGAAGGAAUGAGAGAGGGAGGGUGGUUGGUUAAAGGGUACCUGUGAUUGAUCUAAGCAUGGGAAGUAGUGGUUGAUCUGAGCUCUGACAGCGCUGCUAGAGGGGAUAAGGCUUCUCUAUUUCUAAAAUCCACCCAUCUCUCUCCCUAGGUGUGGACGUUUGGAGACCUGACACUCUCCUCAGGCUCCUCCGGUCGCUUCUCGGUCCAGACGGUGACCAGCGAGCACGGGGUCCUGUCCUCCCUGGUCCUGUCUGAGACCCUAGCCCAGGACUUCCAGCUCCGCUACAACUGCACCGCUUGGAACCGCUUCGGCACAGGCACCGCGCUGGUCACCCUCAAGGAGCAAGGUACGGGUAGGAAUUGGACAGGUGUCCUUAUUAUCUAUCAUCUCACCACAUCUCACACAGUCAGCAUGACCAAUCUCACUAAGACGAGCACUGUGGCUAGAGUGCUGGGAAGAGAGAGAGGGGUUAGAUGGGGUCAAAGCAGAACUCCAAUUGAGUGCUUAUCUUAAUUAUACUAUUUUAAUCAAUAUAAUUUAAUCAGCAGAUGGUGGCCUUAAUGAAUAAGUUGGGUCCCAUAACAUAGAUAUCGAUCGAGGAAUCAAGUUAAUUAGAUCAGGCCACAGGUGUCCCGGGGCCGAGCCGCCGGCGGUCCCUUAGCUCCCUCUCACUCUCUAAAUGUGUGAGAGCCACCCUCUUCAAAUUUACUUAAACCACAAUUUACACACACACACACACACACACACACACACACUCCGCACACUCUGCACACUGGAGUUGACGGAGGUAAGGAAGGAAGGCCUUUGUUGCAGUAGACACCAAAAAUAAGGUCCUCGCCAGCAAUUUACAUCAAGGCAGCUCAGCCGGGGUCUCGGGAGAGUUGAGCGUUGCGCUGUAUCUCUCUCCUGGAAUCUCUAAUUAGAUUACUGUCUAUUGCUUCAUUGCAUGUCAGGCCUUGUUACCCUUCUUCCAGAGAGAUUAGACACAAUAGCUGGGGACGCAGGGGGCUCUAAGAGUGUGUGUGUGUGUGUUUCUGAGGGACCAUGAGGCUUACUGCAGAUGAAUUUAUAUAGGAGCAGGCGUUGGCAGAGAUUAGUUGGGGGGGAAUGAGUAGAGUGGAGUUAGCAGAGGAGAGGAGAGGAGCAACGCUCUGCAGACUGGAUCUGUUCCUGCCUCUUUCACUGUCUCUCUCUGAUCAGUAGCAAGAUCCUGACACUUAUCUAUUUCCUCUCCUCCUCUCCCCCUCCCCUCUCUCUUUCUCCACCUCUCCUCCUCCUCCUCCUCUCUCUCUCUCCUCACAGAGGCCCUGUCCAUGCUGAUCAUCAUUGGGGCGGCGGUGGGCGGAGGGUGUGUCCUGCUCAUCUGUGUCGUCACCCUGGUCUCUCUCUGCUGCAGGCACACCGGGAAAGGUGAGGUCGAAGGUCAGAUAUGGGCCAUACCGGGGUUGGGCUACAUUCCAUGUCAAUUCACCCUAUUCAAGGAAAUGAAUUGACAUUCAGUAAAUGACUGUUCACUCAAUAUUUUUCAAUCAAUGUGGACUAAUUUAAUUUAAUUUCACUUCCUGAACUGACUGAAUUUGAAAUAGAACUGACCCCAACCCUUAGCGAUACAUGGUUAGUUUCAACUUCAUGAAAGGAGCACAAUCAAAUCCUUUUCUAUAAAGGCAACAGGCAUGAAAAGCAGUUUUAGAAUUGUUUCUAAAUUACAUGUUUCUAUUGAAUCCUCACAGGUAAAAAGUGCACACGUCUCUCAAAGAGUGACAUCAGAGUUCAGAUUGUGCACAGCGACCACAAUGCUACCCGUGGCAACGAUGAUGAGGAGGAUGUCAAGGAGCCCAUGGUAAAUGCCUCCGUUCAAUCACUUUCAGUACGUUUUCAAAUACCUAUUUCAUCUUUAUAGAACAGAUAUCUAUAAUGUACAUCACUGUGAUGAUGUGAUAACAUACAGUACAGUCAUUUUGUCUUGCUCAUGUUCGUCUGAGUCUAAGAUGUUCCACCUUUGUAAUUGUAGGGCCUGUUGUUUCCCCCUCAGGCCCCCAACAGCAGUGAGUCUCCUGGGACGUCCCGGACGGAACACAGUGACCUGCUGGAGGAGGACGAGGACGAGCGGUCCGACAUCAAGGUAAAAACCGUAAGGAGAAACACUCACUUAUACAAUGAUUCAUGCAUGGGAAAUAUUGCAAGCAUUUGUUGCAUGGGCUGUUUUGCUGGGUGUUUUGAAAAAGUCUGAAAUCUCUAUAGACAUGCUGUAUCUUUAAAAGCGGUUGAACAACUUAAAACCCUGUUGUUAUUUCCUCUCCCCUCAGGACCCCACUAACGGUUACUACAACGUGCACGCUCACGAGGACCGGGUUAUCCGCAGUGGUUUCUCAGAUUACGUGCCCAACCCCCGUCCUGUCUACACGCCAUCCCAGCUGCCCUCCCCCAGUCCGCUGUACGGCCAGCACACAGUGGUGGCAGCCACACAGCCCCGCAUCUACGACUUCUCCCACCGCUACGCCACCACCACAGGGGCCCGCUCCACCUACGAGCAGCAGCAGGCAGCAGCCCAGCAGGCAGCAGCAUCCCAGCCCGGAGCCAUCUACCCCACCGACCCCGUCUACAGCAGCUCUGCCUACCUGCCCACCGCCGCCACAUACGGCCGGGCCUUCACCAGCUAUGUCAAGCCCGCCUCCUACGAGAAGGUGGACGCCUACGAUCAAUCGGACCAGGCCAGCAAGGUGUCUAGCUCCUCCCGUUUCUCCUAUGCAUCAUCGCAGGUCUCCUCCCAGCAGUCCGACUACGGACGGCCAUCACAACGCAUGCAGACUCACGUCUGAUUGGACAGCGGAAAACAGGGGGUGGAGCGCAGAGGGAGAAGGGGGAAGCAUUGGUCAUCUCUAUAGGAGGUGUGGCCAGACUAACAUGAGGAGAGAGGACUGGUUGGUUGGUCCUUCUCCUGGACACAUUUUGGAAGGAGAUUUAGUUGACAGGGAUUGCCUUCCUAAUUUGUUAUUCAGUUGUCAUUUGGGGAUUGAAUGGUCCCAAUGGAGUCCCAAUGGAGUCCCAAUGGAGUCCCAAUGGAUUGUGAUGUGCCACUCACAUUCCCCAUCAAUAAACAAUCCACUACAGUGUCUGGUACUUGACUAUCAGAGCUGAGCCUGCUAUUCUGUUAUGGCACUGGUUUUGUUUUACCAGUGAGGGGAUGGGAGGAAGGCAAACUGGAAAUCACCAGACAGGAACAUCUCAUGACUUUGGGUGGCCUAAACUAACUGGAUUCUGGAGCCUAGCUAACAUUUCUCAAAAGGAACAGAAUGCUCAGACAAAUAGAACUUAUAACAGACUAUGAACGAAAAAGAAAAAUACAGACGUCUUCAUAAAAAAUUAAAAAAUAUCAACACAUUGUGGUCAUUUGGUGUUUGUCGGCAUGCGAAAGGAAUUCUAAGCACAUUAGUGUCUCUAUCCAUUAAAAGAAGCCUGAGCUCCACAAUGGCAGUCAUAAACCACUCUGCAAAACAAUAACUUUGGCUUGUGUGGGUUACUGGGGAGUGAAAGCAGAGGGAGAUAUGGAGAGAAUGUGUAUCCUAGCCUUCACCUAAUGGAGAGACAGCCUAUGUGUUAUCAUUCUACCCUGGUGGACAUGAAAAGGAAAUGGAAAAACCCAAAGAUGGUGAGCUACAGUACAUAUCAGUGUAUUGAAAGAGCUAGGGAUAGAGAUGAAUUCCUCUGGGUACUGUAUUACUUCUGUUUGCCAGAUUGCUAAAUGGAGACUAUUUCCAGAACAAUCAGAGAAUGUGGUUUGUAAAAUGGUGGCAAUCUUGAACUUGAAUAAGCUCGAGGUACUGUCUCAACGUGAACAGGCUAAGGUGGGUUCUACUUGUGAAACUGUCCCUCUUCAGACACCAUCCACACUCCAGUCUUUACAACACAAUCAAGUAGCUUCAAUAUGUUUACAAAAACACAGUACUACCCUAAAAUACUGACUAGAUCAACUGUACAAAUGGGUGAAGAAGCCCCAUUCUUUCUCUGUUGCAUGCAGAUGAUGUGUCUAGUGAAACUCUUCAGCAUUUCUUUUCCAUGUCCAUUAUGCUUGUUUGAGAGAUUGCUUACUGCACCUGGCUCAGUUGCAUUCCGAUUCCAGACACUACUGGAACCCUGUACUGCCAUUUUGUGUCGAGAGCCGCGCGACCGGUCAGUCGGCACAAUUGGAGAACGUCACUAAGUGAACCAACUGAUUUAAAAAAAGAUCAUCGCUCGUCUUUAUUUUUAUAUUUUAUAUAAGCCUUAAUGUACAGCUUGUAAGCUGCUUUACUGUAAAGUACCUUUAUAUUAUAUAUACAUAUAAGUCUAUAUCUUGAUUGAUUUUAUUUGGGUCCACAAUUCUUCUCUUUCUUCCCGUUGUUCAUCAAUCACUGAAUGCAGAAAGAUUAACUAUGCUUUUUGGGAACAUAACCAAUUGCCAUUUGUUGGUUUGGUUCAUAUUGUUUGUUUUUUAAUAAUGUAUUAAGGAUUUUAUUUGCUAAAAAUGAGCUAUUGUUGCUUGUAACUUUGUACACAUAUUUAUAUUUAAAUAAAACCAUUUCAG